AAUAAAGUUAACGUUAUUGGUUUUGUUCUACUUGUGUCAGGCCUUGUUUCUGCAUUGUACCUCAUAAUAGGAAGUACCGUUGUCUUAUACACCCUAGUUCUCAUAUCUAUAUCGAGAUGUUUAUUUUCUUCAUGUAAUGUCAUCUAGAUAGCUGCUGCGUUGUUAAUUUUUUCAACUUGGAGUCUUACUUCAUUUUUUGUGUUGCUGGAGCUUGGUAUCUCUAACCCUGGAUUAAAACUCAUUCAUUGUUCUAUUACUUUCCUUUUACCUUUCAAUGUAUGUUCAUCGUAUCGGUUUUUUAUAGGUGGUCAUACAUAUUGUUUUUUAGUUGCUCUUGUCAUGUUCAGACUUUUCUCUUCAGCUUUUUCAGAUAUUUUUUUGUGUUAAAAGGAUGCAAGUGCCUCUGAAUAUCGUUUUCAUUUAUCCUUUCGCUUUGUGCACCUUCAUUAUUUCCUCAUCCAUCUUCUUCUUCAUGUGUCUUGUCCGUUCCGAACGUUGGCGAUUAAUAUGGCUAGCCUUCAGCCUGGCCUAGCCUUCAGCCUGGCUUAGCCUUCAAAUGCAGAAAGCUAUUUUCUAUGCGCAAAAAUUUUAUUCUCCAUUUUAAGAACACCCACUUUAACGCUGGACUGACUUGUGUCGACUGUCGCUAUGUUACAUAUUCUGCCGAAGAAGGCGCUAAACACCAUAAAUUGAAUAAUGGAAACUGCAAUAUAACGAAUAUUUACACUUGCGAGGUCUGUAAAGUCUUUUCGGCUUCGAACGAGUCUGAGAUACAUACACACGCAAAAUUUCACCAUUCGCAAACGCACUGUAAUGUAUAUGUGUUUGCCUGUACAUACUGUCGUAAGAUUUUUAGAUCUUAUUUUACUUAUUCGGCCCACCUGUUGAGAUGUCCUUCGAGGAACUCAGUUAGUUCUGAGGCCAAGCCCCGUCUGGUUAAAACUUUGUCUUGUGUCUUAUGUAGAGAGAAGUUAUCAACCGAUGAACAAGUGCGUCAUAAAACUUCGUGCAAAUACGCUAAUCCAGUAGUUAUAGCAUACAAUUUGAGCGAGUCCUAUAUAAACGCCAUAAUCGAUGGGACUAAUCAUUUUAUCAAAUCACCCAAGUCAAACGACUGCUUGGAAUUCACUAAAAAGAGAAGAAAACGGUAUCUUACUGAUAUUAGCAAACGCAGGAGACCGGAAAGUCACCCAGAUUUAAUAGCUGAAAAACCCAUGACAUUUGAUGGCACGUACCAUUGUCAGCUGUGUGAUUAUAGUAAUGACGACCGGAGUGAUUUCCACGCUCACAUUCGGACUCAUAGGGAGAUCUCCUCACCUUACCAAUGUAUGGAAUGUGGUGAGUGUUUUGUCGUUAAGCCUACGCUUUUCAAACAUUUGCGUCAUUCCCACAAUAUUAGCGAUCAUGAUUAUUAUCUGAAAUGCAACGACUGCUUUGAUACAGCUACGGUAAAUAUGAUGGAAACAUCUACUUAACUAGUUCAUUGGAAAACAUAAUGUAGACAUACGAUAGACAUUUUUAAACGUUCUUUUCCGUUUAUUUUGCACGUUAAAAACAUAUCAGUUUCUUAUGUUCCUAUCCAUUACGCAUUUACACAUGUUGGACACUACUUUGUUUUUUAUUGAUUGCUGCUCUAAACAUUUCAGCGGUGUAUGAUAAGACAUACCUGAUGUAUGAUUGUCAAUCUUUUUAUAUUUGAAGAUACUAAUAUGUCUCACAAGAAUCUACCGGUCGAGCAAGUCUCGUAAAUUUCACGAUUGCGAGCCACGCUUCACGCAACCGUGUUUGCGUACUUGUGUUUCGAGUUGCGUGGUCGUGCGGGGUUACAAAUUUAAAUCCGUUCCAACAUGCUGUCAAAAUUAAAUCAAUAUGUCAAUAUGGCUUGAUAUCAUAGAAGAGUGGGCUUGAUAUGGCUACUGGGUGUAAAAGAUAAAUCUUAUUCUAUCUGUUCUUAAUGAGUUUUAGAUAAUUUUAGUUGUAUUUCUUUGUAAUUUUGUGUUGUACAAAGAUUAAUUUAACAUUUUCUCUGGAAGUAUUAAUUUAGAAAGAUAAUAUGCUUCAUUGGUGUUGUGUUUUGAAGUGUGAAAUGGAAAGUAAUUGUGAUAAAGUCAAGAUAAAGUUCACUUUUAAACUGAACUAAAUAAGGUAUCUGAGAGACAACAAUGGUUAAAUGCAAUACAAUGUACAGGUUUUAAUAGCGAAAUGAAAAUUUUACUGUCCUGUCUGCUGUAAUCAUUUUAUAUCUGGUAAGUUACAAUUACAACAGUAACGAUUUUUGAAGAUGUUAACAUUUUAAUCUUAUAGGAAAACCAGCCGACUUAAUCGAUAAUAACAAUCUCCAGAUUGGGUUCCUUCAAUAAAUAUGGGCUAUUAACACAAUGAAAUAAGUUCCAGAAAAUCUAAAAUGGAGUGGUAUCAAAGGAGAAUUAAAGAAAAACAUAUUCAUAUUGAAAUUAUUUAUAAGGCACUGGACUGUCUUAAAUUCUACAAUAAUACAAGAAUCAGCUAAGAGAAGUGGUCUACAAAAAACCAGGAAGGAAACGGAAUAUGUGGCUACGAAAGGCAAAAGAAAGGUUUACAAAGCAAAUGUGACACAUUUUUUUGAAAUAUUUAGGAAUAUCAGUAAAUUGCAUUAAAAAAAUGUAUGAAAAGAUUUUGUUCAAAAUAAAAAUGUUUAUAUUUA